AUGAAGUUCAUCUCUCUUGUUUUUCUCUCAACUGCGGCUUCCGCCCUUUCUAUACAGCCUCGGCAGUUUGGCGGAUUUUUUCGUGGACCGCCCAAUGCUGAGAAUGGCGCUAUCCCCAGUGGCACUUUUCCACAAAAUGAUGCCAACAACGGUGACAAUCAAGGUGCUGGAAAUGGGGCGAAUAACGGAAACAGUAAUGGGCAGGAAAACAGGGGCGGACAAGGGAACAAUAAUGGUCAGGGAGCUGGCGACGCUACUGGCGGUGGUGAUGGGGCUGCAGUGGACGGCCAGACGGUAGUAUUUACCGAAAUCAAUGGAGUAUCUGGCAAUGAGUGCCUCACAUUCCAAAACAACGGCGAAAUCGUUGACGCAGCUUGUGUCAAUACCGCUGCAGACCGUCAAGUUACUCCCUCCACAGUCAAUGGGCAGAGCGCACUUCGAGUCCAACGAACCUUCACCGCAGGCUUCAGACCUGAUCUUGUGGGCGUUCAGGCAUGCAUUGGAUUCAACGGGACUCACUUCCGUGCUGAGGGCUGUGACGCCCAAGGAAUCGAGCCAGUCACCUUUCAGAAUGGCCAGUUGGUAGCCUCCGGCGGCGCUUGCGCGAGCGGUCACGAUGAUUUGGCACAGAUGACAGUCGACGCAAGUGGAGCCCAGUGUGCAACUUACAGCACCACCAACGUUCAACCUGCAACUUCUUGA